CCGCGCUGUGGCCACGGGGCACUCGCUGUGGGCACCGUGCCGCUGCUCUGCGCGGGGACAGCUGAUCACCGUCUGCUAGACAGGGUGUCGGUGCUGCUUCCGAGCCCGGAAGUUAAUACAACACCAAAAACAGUGCGAUGGCAGACUUCAGGAAGAAGAAACUGAUGUACGUCUUCCACGUAUUCUUCGAUGUCAACAGGAGCGGCACGAUUGACAAGAAGGAUUUUGAGAUGGCCAUUGAGAAAAUCUGCCGCAGCCGCGGCUGGGCCGAGGGCAGCGCGGAGCAGCAGAAGACACGGGGCGCCCUGCUGGAGGUGUGGCAGGCUCUGCAGCAGAGAGCGGACGCCGACAGCGAUGGGGAGGUGAGCGAGGCGGAGUGGAUCCAGAUGUGGGACGACUUCGCCAAGGGCGGCGACUCGGCGCUCCAGUGGCAGAGCCGCUACCGGGACUUCAUGUUCCAGCACGUUGACGCCUCAGGUGACGGGAGUAUCGACCUGGACGAGUUCGUCAAAGUCUACACCAGCUACGGCAUCUCAGCAGACGAGUGCAAGAACGCCUUCAGCAAGUUCACCAACAAUCAAACUGUGAAGGUUACACCGCAAGUCUUCGAGAAGCUGUGGAGUGAGUUCUUCUCUUCAACGGACCCUCAAGCUCCAGGAAACUUCAUCUUUGGCAAAACUUCAUUCGAUUAGGCUUGUGUAGGAACUGAGAGAGAGGAAUAGGGAAAAUGAUGAUGGAGGAGGGAUGAGAAAUGAAGACUUACAGAAAUGGCCCUCUCUUAUGGAUGUGCACAGCUGAAGAUCCGCUACUCUCAGUGUCGGCAGUUACUGCUCUGCUGUUAUAUGUUAUGAGGGACAGCAAUGGUAUCCAUUGGUCACCAGGCAGGGCCAUCUCCUCUGCUGUAUGCUCCACACAUCCAUGACCCAGACUCUGUUAAAUUCAUGCAACAAAAAGGAGAAGACAUAUAAGAGCUUAUUACUGUCAUAGACAUAGGCCUGUACAAAUUAUCACUAUUGUUUUCAUUCUGUUAUCAAAGUAAUGUUCCCCACGCAAGUUCCUCACACACACACACACACACUCCGUUAACUUUAUCUGGACCUGACACACAAUUAUUCCUCAAUUUCCUCUGUUAAAAUGAAAAUCGUUUUUACAAAUAUAACAGAUAAUUAUUUUAUUUAAUGAAGAAGGUGGUGCAGAUCAUGUAUAACUCUGUG